CCUGGAGCCCGCCCCGGGCGCGGCAGGACGAGCGAGCAAGCCGCGCGGUCCGGCGCCCCCUCCCUCCGGCUCCCAGGCCAUGGCCGGAGAUGCCCGGUGAGGACCGGGGCGCCGAGGGCUGGGAUCCCCAGCGCGGUGCCGAGCGAGAGAGCGGCCUGGAUGUGUGAAGCGUCCCCAUGGCUCGGCAGGAGGCGAAGCUCCAGGGUCCGAGGGAAGCUGGGCCGGCGGCGCCGGGGCGCAGGAGCCGGCACGGGGCGCGCGGGCUCCUUGGGGCCGGCGGGAGAACCGAGCACUGCCCGGGAGUGAGGGGUCCCGGGCCGGUGUGGGGCCCUUGGGCCGGAGCGUCCAGGGCUGCGCCGCCGCCGCCGCUGCCUCCGCUGCUGCUGGGACUUCUGCUGCUGGCGGCCCUUCCUAAGCACUGCCGGGCCGACCCGGGAACAGACAAUCUACAGAUAAAUGUCACCCCAACUCCAGAGUCAUUUCCUCACCGGAAAUUGUUACCAAUUUCACCAACAUGGCCUUUCUCAGAAGUCAAGUCUUCCUUAGCAGUGGACAGAAUCAAGAAUGUGCUGGGACAGUCCCCUGACAACACCAACUUGCUUCAGUUACCCUGGACACCUCCGCCUAAGAUGCUUCGCAGAACCAGGGCUCACGCGGAUUUCUCUUCUUCCUUUUACCAAGGAAGUGGACACAGCGCCUCCCUUGAGCCUUCCAAGGAUUCCACCGAAUCCCUGCUACAACCAAGACCUCAAGGGGGAAAAGAAGCAGCCGAUGCUUCAGCAGUCUCCUCAGUGUCAUCCGAGGCAGAACCAACAGCAGCAGCAGCGGCAGCAGCCACGUUGUUUCUGAGGAGAUCAAGUCCACCGGUGCUGUCUGCAGCCCUGGUCACCAAGGGCACCGGCAGCAGCCCUUUGGCCGUGGCCUCAGGAUUAGCCAAGGGCAGUUUGACCCCCGCGGUAGCUAAAAAUGUCACAAACAAGGCAGCAUCUGGCCCAAAGGCAACCCCAGGGGCGGUCCAUACAGACUUCCCAUUCACACCAACCUAUGUGUUUGCAAGGACAGCACAUACCGUGAGCACACAUUCAGCCAUGCAAGGGAACCCGGGCACUGCCUCUGGCCUGCUGUCCACAACGCACCUCCCCAGGAAACCACAAGCCAUGCACACGGGCCUCCCGAACCCCACCAACCCAGACAUGCCCAAAGCGUCCACCACCCGCCCACUGUCAGUCACAGCCGCGUUGACAUCCUUCACGGCCUCAGUAAAGGCCAGCCGGUUGCCACCUUUGCCGGCAGAAAACACAAAUGCUGCUCUUCCCGCUGCGUCCACGGCAGUGGUCACAACUGGUAAAAUGGCGUCCAACCUGGAGUGUCAGAUGUCCAGUAAACUCCUGGUGAAGACAGUUCUCUUUCUGACUCAAAGGAGAAUGCAGAUCAUUGAAUCGUUGAAGUUCAAUGUGGCCAGAGGGCUCACACAGGCUUUGCGGAAGGCUUUCCACCAGAGUGAUGUCUCUGCUCACGUAGACAUUCUGGAACAUUCUCACAACAUCACAGUUGGUUAUUAUGCCACCAAGGGGAGGUUGGUCUACCUCCCGGCCGUCGUGGUGGAAAUGUUGGGUGUUUACGGGGUCAGCAACGUCACUGCAGAUCUGAAGCAACACACCCCAAACUUACAGUCUGUGGCAGUGCUUGCUUCCCCAUGGAAUCCCCAGCCUGCAGGCUACUUCCAGCUGAAAACAGUGCUGCAGUUUGUGAGUCAAUCAGACAACAUACAGUCCUGCAAGUUUGCUCAGACAAUGGAACAGAGGCUGCAGAAAGCUUUCCAAGAUGCUGAGAGGAAAGUUCUGAAUACCAAAAGCAAAUUGACAAUUCAGAUCUUGAGCACAUCCAACGCCUCCCAGACAGUCACCUUGGUGUACGUGGUGGGCAAUCAGAGCACAUUUCUCAACGGCACCGUCGCCAGCAGCCUCCUUGGCCAGCUCUCGGUUGAGCUGGUGGGGUUCUACCUCACCUACCCACCGCUCACCAUCGCUGAACCUCUGGAAUAUCCCAACCUUGAUAUAUCAGAAACAACCAGAGACUAUUGGGUAAUUACAGUGCUGCAAGGUGUGGACAACUCGCUGGUCGGCCUGCACAACCAGAGCUUCGCCCGCCUCAUGGAGCAGCGUCUGGCCCAGCUGUUCAUGAUGUCCCAGCAACAAGGCCGGCGGUUUAAACGGGCCACCACCCUGGGAAGCUACACCGUGCAGAUGGUCAAGAUGCAGCGUGUGCCAGGACCGAAGGACCCGGCGGAGCUGACCUACUACACCCUGUACAACGGGAAACCUUUGUUGGGGACCGCGGCUGCCAAGAUCCUCAGCACCAUUGACUCCCAAAGGAUGGCCCUGACCCUGCAUCACGUUGUCCUUCUGCAAGCUGACCCUGUCGUGAAGAACCCGCCCAACAACCUGUGGAUCAUCGCCGCGGUGCUGGCGCCCAUCGCCGUGGUCACAGUCAUCAUCAUCAUCAUCACGGCUGUGCUCUGCAGGAAGAAUAAGAAUGACUUCAAGCCGGACACUGUGAUGAACCUGCCUCAGAGAGCGAAGCCAGUGCAAGGCUUUGAUUAUGCCAAGCAACACCUGGGCCAACAAGGGGCAGACGAGGAGGUCAUCCCAGUAACUCAAGAAACAGUGGUCCUCCCACUUCCCAUUAGAGAUGCUCCUGCCUCUCAGGAAAGAGACAUCGCUCAGGACGGAAGCACCAUCAAGACGGCCAAGUCCACGGAAACCAGAAAGAGCAGGUCUCCCAGUGAGAAUGGCUCUGUCAUCAGCAACGAAUCAGGGAAGCCCAGCUCAGGAAGGCGUUCUCCCCAGAAUGUAAUGGCACAGCAAAAAGUGACAAAGGAGGAGGCAAGGAGGAGAAAUGUGCCAGCAAGCGACGAAGAGGAGGGAGCGGUUCUCUUUGACAACUCUGGCAAGGCGGCCACAGACCCCUUUGACACGUCUUCCGGCUCUGUGCAGCUCAUCGCAAUAAAACCCACUGCCCUCCCCAUGGCACCCCCUUCCUCAGACCGGAGCCAGGAGUCGGCGGUCCUCAAUGGCGAGGUGAACAAAGCACUGAAACAGAAGUCGGACAUUGAGCACUAUCGGAACAAGCUCCGCCUCAAGGCCAAGAGGAAAGGAUAUUACGAUUUCCCCCCAGUGGAGACAAACAAGGGUCCGAUCGAAAGAAAAAAGAUGUACGAAAAAGCCCAGAAGGAAAUCGACCAUGUUCUAGAGCCUGACCCAGAACUGUGUGACCCUUUCACUGAGUCGAAAAACAGGCAACAGAUGAAGAACUCUGUCUAUCGGAGCCGGCAGUCUCUGAACAGCCCGAGUCCAGGGGAAACCGAGAUGGACCUUCUGGUGACUCGGGAGCGGCCCCGGCGUGGAAUCCGCAACAGUGGCUAUGACACUGAGCCGGAAAUCAUCGAGGAAACCAACAUCGACAGAGUUAAUGAGCCCCGGGGCUACGCCAGGUCGCGGCAGGUGAAAGGCCACUCCGAGACCUCCACGCUGAGCUCCCAGCCGUCCAUCGAUGAGGUCAGGCAGCAGAUGCACAUGCUGCUCGAGGAGGCCUUCAGCCUGGCGUCCGCCGGCCACGCGGGCCAGAGCCGGCACCCGGAGGCUUACGGCUCAGCACAGCACCUGCCCUACUCAGAGGUGGUGACCAGCGCGCCUGGGACCAUGACGCGGCCCCGGGCAGGGGUGCAGUGGGUGCCCACCUACCGCCCAGAAAUAUACCAGUACAGUCUCCCCCGGCCGGCCUACAGGUUUUCCCAGCUUCCCGAAAUGGUCAUGGGCUCCCCACCUCCACCUGUACCUCCCCGGACUGGCCCAGUGGCUGUCGCUUCUCUUAGAAGGUCCACCUCGGACAUCGGCAGCAAGACGAGAAUGGCCGAGUCCGCGGGGCCCGAGCCGGCCCAGCUGCACGACAGCGCCUCCUUCGCCCAGGUGGCCAGAGGCCCGGUGUUGGAUCAGUCGGCUUUAAAUUACUCAGGUAAUACAGUGCCGGCAGUGUUCGCCAUCCCAGCUGCCAACAGGCCUGGCUUCACCGGCUACUUCAUCCCAACGCCUUCCUCAUCCUACAGGAACCAGGCCUGGAUGUCCUACGCAGGAGACAGCGAACUCCCGGGCCAGUGGGCCGAUUCGGUCCCCCUCCCCGGGUACAUUGAGGCUUACCCCCGGUCACGUUAUCAGCAGAACUCGCCCUCCAGGCUCCCUCGCCAGUACAGCCAGCCCUCCAACUUGCACCCCAGCUUGGAGCAGGCCCCGGGGCCCUCCACAGCGGCCUCACAGCAGAGCCUGGCAGAGAAUGACCCGUCCGACACACCCCUGACCAACAUCUCCACCGCAGCCCUGGUGAAGGCGAUCCGGGAAGAGGUGGCCAAGCUGGCCAAGAAACAGACAGACAUGUUUGAGUUCCAGGUCUAAUGCCUGGGCCUGUGGGACGCUGGACUCCCAAACUCCAAGGAAACAGUCUUCUGGUUUCUCAAGACUAACGUGUUGGGACUUUUGAGAAGAGGUAGAUGAUGGGUGAGUCUUUCUCACCCUCAGUUUCUGAAAGGGAAGCAGUGGGACUUCUACAAAACAGGAAACUAUUGAGCAAUGGGGUGUUUGGCUUAUUCAGAUGAUUGUAUGUCAAGAAGUCCCUGCUUGGGACUAUAUGUUUGAUAUUCUGUUAUGUUAAAUGUAUGAACCGUUGGGAGCCUUAGCUACGAGAGGCACUAGCUAAUCUACAGAUUCCUGUCCAAUGACACAUUUUAAUAAAUCACCAGAAGGGGGAGAAUAUAAUUCUGUCUUCGUUGACCUCUGCAUGUGAACUCAGUUUCUGUGUUAAAGCCAAUGCAGGAGUGUGGAUUAAGCAACAGACUGUCCUCUCUGUCACUCAGCCAUGAUUGGAAUCGUUAAAAUCAUCUCUAGCCGUAAAGGAGGCACUCAGUAACUUGAGUCCUUUUCUUUUCAAGUUCUCAUUCAAAGUCCAGUGAAUUGAAUGAGAAUCGGUACUGUCAAUGGCUGCGCCUGUAAAUAGUCCUGACUCCUUUUUUUUUUUAAUCCCAUUAAUUAAACAAAGACCAAGAGAGAAGAUAAGAGGGGAUAGUGGAUUUGUGUUGACAGGGUUUUGAAAAGGUAUUAUCAUUUUGGAAAUAGAGCACCCUGCAAGUUUGGAGGAAGAUCUAAAUGAAAGGGAAUCGGAGCUAAGAGCUUUUAGGAUCCUGCAAAAGUGAAAGUUAUUUGUGGAAGUUUUUCUUUACCCAACAUUGAAGGGGACCUGAGAAUAGAGCUUCUCUCUUUUUGAGAUAAUAGAUACAUCAACUUCUGUAAGUCGUAAAAGUUCUCUCUUCAACAAUGAUGUUCAGCAUGUGCUGCCAAGUGGUACAAAAGGAAACGGUAAUUGACGCCUGUUAGAAACAGACAUGGUGGAUCCACGGUUUCCCCAGACUUCAGGCAGUGUUUUUAGAAGCUUCUGGAUGUAGAAAAUCUGUUGAUUGGCAUUAAACUGUAAAUAACAUUUUUAAAACGAUUUAGCUGGAUCCCUACACGUGAGGAGGCAGGGGGACAUUUGUUGAAUGAAAUGACAGGGUGUUGAUCUGUGACCUCGGGGUCUGUCCCCAGGGCUCUGUGCAGAGGUCGUGGCUUCAUAGCACAGAGGCAGCAGCUGGUCACUCCGUUGCUGACUUUGGGUGGCAGAGGGGGAGGGAACACUCUGGGACUCUGUGUACAGCAUCAGGACCUUACUUGGUGUCUGUUGGAGACCGAGGUCCUGUCCUGCCAUCACCCCAUGAUCCAUCUAGCUUCAGCUCUAUCCAUUCCCUUCUCAGCCCAUCUUUCCAUUCUCCUCAUGAGUUUCUUUGGUCUUUACCAAGAGAAGAGAAGGUGGAAAUUUAAAAUCUGAGAGAAGACUAGGAAUGGAACUGAUUAGGAUGGGAAAUUCAAACUGUCAAAGCACAGACUUUUAAAGAAGCUGUUUUUAUUCCCCAAUGGAAAAUCGCCCUUCUAGAAAGUACCAGAGAUGAUGUAUCAUGGAAACCCCAAACAAGUCUCUUGUUCGGAUGAUAUUAGGUAGUAUCCUUUUGGUAUGCUGGUUGAUCUUUCAUAGUGUUAGUUUUUUGUUACUUAAAAAAAAAAAAAAAAAAAAAAAACAGCUAUAAAUAAAAUGUAUUUUUGUAAUUUCCGUGUGUAUAUAUGGUAUAUUUCUACCAAUGGCCAGUUGUUGUAAUCCAAAAUCUAAAUCCGCUUGCAAAACACUUUGGACAGUGCAAGAUUUUAUUGACGGAUUAACACGAUGCCUAAGUCUAUCCAAAUAGGCAUUCAGUGCACUUGAAUGAACAAAGAGCCAAAGAAACUCAGCCUUUUCAUGCAAAUUGUAAGAGUCUGAUAAAGUCAGAUACAUUGUCCCACUUUAUCAAUAAUAUUAGUAUUUCAUCAGUGCGGUAGAAUCAAUCCAGUACUUUGUCUACAUGGUAAAUGCCUGGAAAUACAGUUGGUGAAAAUGAAGUUUCAAGACCUUAGUAUAACUGAAAUAUAUGUACAUGCUUCAAAAGACAGUGUCUGAGCUUUGGAUGUUCCAGUAACUUAUACAAAAUGAGCCCACAGUUCACACUUAAGAGUGAACACUUAAGAGGACCAGGCCACAAAUCACGGUGGUCUUUGCAGAAUCUCAUGAAAAACCAGGUUAAUCAACUGGAACAAAGAAAUAUAUAAUAUACUAAAUCAGACACUCUCUUAAACCAGGCACCUUGGGUUUAAGAAAAGUAUAUGGGAGGGAAAAAGUUGAAAAGAAAUCCAUUUUGUUCAUGUUUUCCCGCCUAUUGGGAAAUAGCUGCCAUUGUUUGAUUUUCAGUGACCAAGAUGUGGUCCCUUCUCGAAAGAGUCUCAGCAUCUCAUGGAGGUGACAGAUACUUGGAGAGCUGACUGGGAGACAAGGCGGUUUGUAAAAAGUGCCUCAUAGCAGUGAAAAUCAAGUUCUGUAGGAGCUCAGGGGAGGUGGCGCAUAGCUCUUCAUCGUGACCCUCCAGGCAGGGUUGCAGAAGCCCCGAAGACCUUGGAGACCUAGAGGAGAAAGCAGAGGCCCAGAGGGGUGACCUGCCUGGGGGCUCAAAUCCAAGCCUGCCGAUCCGUAAUCCAGCCUACUUUCCAUUUCACCUUACUGCCUCCACACUUGGGUGGGACACAUUUCUUUAACCAUGCUAUACAUUUAAAAAAGUAAACGGGUCAUAUGAGGGAUUCUGUAAUGUUUUUGAGGAGAGAAAAGAUGACUGAAUCUGUAAGGAACUUCAGAUAAAGUGUAUAGCAUGCAAUGCGUUUGUGACAUAAUAAACACUUUCAGCUUUGGUAUUGGUGUGGGUUUUCUGUUUUAAUGAGAAAGAAAUGCUUUCUGUCAAAACUGGCUUCUUCCAGGGUGCCAGCAAGGAAAUGGUGAUCUUGACUGUUGGCAAGACUUGGGGUGUGUCCUUCUCUGCACCUUGGAUCCAAACAGGCUUGUCACUCUGAGGUACCGGUUCCGUACUCUGCAUGGGGGGAGGCGACCCUUGCCCGUGGUGCAGGAGCAGAGUGUGUAUUGUGUGCCCUGGUUAUCUAUGACCUGAGGGUUGUGCAAUAACGAGAUGGAAAUUGUUAUCUGUGGAGCAGGAAGUUGCCUCUUUCAAGGUAGGUCAUGUAAGAAUCGAUUAAUCCUCUGGUCCCGGGAGCAGUUGCAUUGUGUGUUUGUUAAUUUAAGAACUCAGCAGAUGGGCAUGUGAUCUAAACAAUCUUGAUGGAAGAAUGAAUAGGAAGUUGUAAGAUCUGUGAUUUCAAAAAAAAAAGUUAACACACUUUCUGAGAGAGAGUGCAGAAAGGAGGAAGCAGGGAAUUUAAAUAUGUGAUUAAAAGAAACGUUUCUCUAAUAGGCAGAAAUUAGAGUCUUGGAUCAAAAGAUUUAAAUAUUGAUUGCAUAUAAAUGAGCUUCUUUUUUCCCAUUUUGAGCUCAACAUUUAAUGAAUAAAAUAAUGGAUACUAUUUUGGAGCUCAAGAUCGGGAUUUGAACCAAAUCUAUUCUUUCUACCCCACACCACAAGCCAGAAAAUAAUCUGGACUUGCCUUAUAAAAUACAGCCAAAUACUCUUAGGGAAAGAUAGUAAUUUGUUUGGAGAAUUGUCUGACUCAGGUCUGUGCUGGACAUUAAGUUCCAUUUAGUUCAACCUUGAAGGUAUUCUAGUCAAGGAACUUUGCAAAGCCCAGAAACCCAUUCACACUUGCUGGAAUAUAGAGGUUGAUGGAAAGAAAACAGGAAUAUUUCAUAAGAACAAAACACAGCUCGCAUCAUGGGACAGAGAUGGUGCCGGCUACCCUCACCCCUGCUCACUUUCUCUCAUGCUCUCUCUCCACAGCAUCUGUCCUCACUGUUUCUCUGUGCAUCUCUGCUCAGUUCUCAUGCUCUCCUCAGCCAACCAGCUUUCUCUGCUUUCUCAUUAGUAUAUAUGCAGCUGAAAAAUCCACCCCAGGGCCCACCAUCUUUCUCUGUGCUCCCCAAUUCUGGAAAAUCUGAUUGGUUCCCCUCUCUGCCUACGGAUGAGGCACCCUUGGGUCAGAUGCUUAUCCAACAAGCUGUAACCAAGGAGGUAGGGUCAUGUUUUGCAAGCAUGGCCACCUGGAAGGACCCUUUCAGCCAGGGCUUUUGUUGGGGGCUGGUAACCCAGAACCGGGCAGGACCUUCCAAAGGAACCUAGUACAGAUUGGAAUUGACCUGCCCCCUCCAAGAUGCCAACAAGUGGCCACUACUCAGUGAGCAAUCCCUGUGGACACUGCCUCAGAGAGGAAAGGGGCAUCCCUCAGUCAAGCGUCAGGUGAGAAUGCAUGCACUUAAAACCCUGGUAGGCUGGCCCAGUCUGCCCCAACCACUUCCACCCCAACACCAGUCCUAUGGAUACUGCUGAUGGGUCUGAGGGCUGAUUUUUGGUCAAGGCCCAGUUCGCAUAGUGUCUCACUCAACAGACAAUAAAUACGUGUGAAUCAAAUUGCAUGAUCUCAGCUCAGGUGCUAUUAAUGUGGCUCAAGCCACCAACUUGCAUGGAUGAGAAAACCAAUAAGCCUCUCAAUAGACUUUGAAACCAAAUUGGUUUCAACUGAUUUUGGCUCUGACCUUCCAAAUAUAAUAAAUGAGCAUCCUGAGAAUUGAAAGUUCUCUUGCUUUCCUUAGGUGACUGUUAAACAAUGUUAGCCUGUGAUCAGUGCUAAAAUGCAGGGCGUUUCUAGAACAGAAUAUUUAGAAAAUACAGUUAGUAAUGACAGAAGCAAAUUCUUCAUGCUUUUAGAAGAUAUUAAGCUGCUUUGAUUCUGAAGGUUUCAAAAAUAAGGAAAUUUGUGACAUGACAGAAUGUGUCUCUACAGGUAAAACUCACACUUUAAUGAGAGCCAUUAUGUAAUGAAACCUAGAAAUUGAUUAUUCUCAUUCUCCAGCCUUGGUCAAACUUUUAUAAAUUAUGGAGGGAAGCUGUCAAUGGAUUUUACAUAAAUUAACUUUGGCCUCAUCUUAUUUUCCCCAUCUAUUCCUUAUGUCUAUUCCCCCACCCCCAUCCCCCACACAAACUGAGUGGAGAAGGUUUGUAUUGAACAAAGCCAGAGGACUGGAAAUUUUGGAAAACGUGUAAAUAUUCUAGACCCUGGGCGGCUCAAUUUAAACCAGUCUCAGAUUCCUCACCUGUACGUGGAUAUAACAACAACAUCUACACUUCCUACCUCCCGUGGUGGAUGCAAGGAGCACAUGGCAUAAUGUAUCCGAAAAUUCUUUGAAAAGGAUCUUUGAAGGUGUUCUUAUUAAAUUAUUAGCUUCAUAAUUCAAUUUUAUCUGGCAAAAUAUUUUAGCUCUUCCCAUCCACUGAAUUAUUUUGUAUUUUCACAUGUUCCACGAUGCAACUUCUUGUCAAGGAAAAAUAAAGAAUUUUCUAUGUUUGGACUUGCCCAUAAAAGCCAGCUUCAUCUGGAGCUGUAUUUUGCUGUUACUGUUGUUGUACAUGAUUCAGAGGAUGUGUAAGUACUUGUACGUGUGCUUUAACUCUGGGUGAAACACCCAGAACAGCUUCUCUUUGCCAACCAUGUUAGACAUAUUGGGCAAAGACAAGUACUGAACAGGAGCUUUGAAUGUAGCUGUUGUCGUUUUGAUGCUUUGCUUUCUAAUUAACUUUGUAUGUCCUUAGCCUCUGCUGAGAACAGAGUGUUCAUAUGCUGUUAGAAUUUUUUUAUUGUAAAAUAAAAUAACAAAGGCUUUCGUACCCCAAAA